CAUCCCGAGAACCUCCAAGAAAAAAAAAAAAAGAAAAAAAAAAGAAAAAAAAAGAAAAAAAAAGAGAGAGACAGAGACAGAGACAGGGAAAGAGAGGGAGAGAAAGAGCAAGCUUUCUUACUCAGGGGGGAAAGCGUUUUGAGCUUCAACAUGGCCUCGCUGUGAUAUGUAUGACGUUGCUGAUCACUGGAGAUUCCAUCGUUAGUGCUGAGGCAGUAUGGGAUCACGUCACCAUGGCCAACCGGGAGUUGGCAUUUAAGGCUGGCGACGUCAUCAAAGUCUUGGAUGCUUCCAACAAGGAUUGGUGGUGGGGCCAGAUCGACGAUGAGGAGGGAUGGUUUCCUGCCAGCUUUGUGAGGCUCUGGGUGAACCAGGAGGAUGGGGUGGAGGAAGGGCCCAGUGACGUUCAGAAUGGGCACCUGGACCCCAACUCAGACUGCCUUUGUCUGGGCCGGCCACUCCAAAACCGGGACCAGAUGCGAGCCAACGUAAUCAAUGAGAUCAUGAGCACCGAGCGUCAUUACAUCAAGCACCUAAAGGACAUUUGUGAGGGCUACCUGAAGCAAUGCCGGAAGAGAAGGGACAUGUUCAGUGAUGAGCAACUGAAGGUGAUCUUUGGGAACAUUGAAGACAUCUACAGGUUUCAGAUGGGCUUCGUAAGAGACCUGGAGAAACAGUACAACAAUGAUGACCCCCACCUCAGCGAGAUAGGACCCUGCUUCCUGGAGCACCAAGAUGGAUUCUGGAUAUACUCUGAGUACUGUAACAACCACCUGGACGCCUGUAUGGAGCUCUCCAAACUGAUGAAGGACAGCCGCUACCAGCACUUUUUUGAGGCCUGUCGCCUCUUGCAGCAGAUGAUCGACAUUGCUAUUGAUGGUUUCCUUUUGACGCCAGUGCAGAAGAUCUGCAAGUAUCCCUUACAGUUGGCUGAGCUCCUCAAGUAUACCGCCCAGGACCAUAGUGACUACAGGUAUGUGGCAGCUGCUCUGGCUGUCAUGAGAAAUGUGACUCAGCAGAUCAAUGAACGCAAGCGGCGCUUGGAGAAUAUUGACAAGAUUGCCCAGUGGCAGGCCUCUGUCCUAGACUGGGAGGGCGAGGACAUCCUAGACAGGAGCUCGGAGCUGAUCUACACUGGGGAGAUGGCGUGGAUCUACCAGCCCUACGGCCGCAACCAACAACGGGUCUUCUUCCUGUUUGACCACCAGAUGGUCCUCUGCAAGAAGGACCUGAUCCGGAGAGACAUCCUGUACUACAAAGGCCGCAUUGAUAUGGAUAAAUAUGAGGUAGUUGACAUUGAAGAUGGCAGAGAUGAUGACUUCAAUGUCAGCAUGAAAAAUGCCUUCAAGCUUCAUAACAAGGAAACUGAGGAGAUUCACCUAUUCUUUGCCAAGAAGUUGGAGGAGAAGAUACGCUGGCUCAGGGCUUUCAGAGAAGAGAGGAAAAUGGUGCAGGAAGAUGAAAAAAUCGGCUUUGAAAUUUCUGAAAAUCAGAAGAGGCAGGCUGCAAUGACUGUGAGAAAAGUCCCAAAACAAAAAGGUGUCACCUCUGCUCGCUCAGUUCCUCCUUCCUACCCACCACCGCAGGACCCGUUAAACCAGGGCCAGUACCUGGUCCCUGAUGGCAUCGCUCAGUCGCAGGUCUUUGAGUUCACCGAACCCAAGCGCAGCCAGUCACCAUUCUGGCAAAACUUCAGCAGGUUAACCCCCUUCAAAAAAUAAUACCAACAGGGAGGCAGAUAAUUUUAAAAAUAAAGUAAAUAAAAUUA